UGACGAACUCGCCUAAACCGCUCACAAAUCCGAACAAGUUCAGCGAAGCUUAUUGCUACUUCGCACAUAUCCUGGUUGUUAACGGGGCACACACCAGUAUACAGCCUUCAAUAAAGCGUCGUUAUUUGUUGAUCAUGACCUCCUGAUGUUUUCUUUACAUUCAGCUAGUGGGCAGCGUAGCAGGGGUUGCAAGCUGGACAAGGCGAAUGGAGGCUGUGUAGCUAGGCGAUGGCGCAUUAUGCGCCACAGCAAGUUCCCAACAUUCCCAACUCAGUACAGCUACCGCGGAGUGUUAGCUGUGGUGUAGCGUCUGUAAGUACACCUGGCGCGCCGAGCUCCUUGGCUCGAGGGCAAUGGUCCGCGGCGGCCGGACUACCGUUGUGUCUUUGCCAUCUUCUUCGCGCGCAACCAAAUGCUCAAAGACGGAGUAGACGAACAACUGGGUGGCAAAUUGGCGACUGGCAGUGUGCUGUGGAGCCUAUUCAGCGAGCAGCAAGCAUUAGAGGUUCAUUUCCGCUGCCCACAACUGGGCGUCGUGGUCUUUCCAAGGACGCAAUUGUUGCUGCUCGCGGGCAGCAGCAUAACACCACUACUCGGCUCACCAGUGCACCGGCCACCGUGGUGCAGCCGCUAUCCUCGUUUUCUCCUCCCGUGGAAGAUAUUCCACUAGAUGCAGCUUCCGGCCGGUGCAUCACCGAUGAGCAGGCGCAUCGCCAUGGGAUGUCCAUCGCGGCUAAUGGGACAGCCUGCAGGAGCAGCCCGCCAGCAAUUCCAACUAGCAACGCAGCUCCGGCGAUAAAAUCGAUCACGGCAAUGGAGGGGGCAGCACCCACUGCCAGCAGCAACAAUGGCCCUCCAGCCCUUGCCAAUGUCUGGCAACAGGGCACAAUGCCGCCGGUCUGCACUACCCCAGCUAGACCCGGUGCUUCCCCAGGGGGUCUCCACCGGAGCGGUAUCAGCCCUGGUCAAGGCAACAACAAGAGCAGCACCAGCAGCAGCCGCAGCAGCGCAGUUGUCCAGGGCAGUGGCUGGAAGCAGGGUGCUGCAAGAGGCCCGCCGCAGCUGCUAGCACUGCUCGGCACACCACUGCCCAAGACAACACCGGCAGCGGCAGCGGCAGGAGCGUCCAGGAAGCCCGCUGCCCCGUCCGCACCGGUCUCCCUCCUGCAGCCUCCGCAGCGACCACACGUGCCAGCAUGCGGGGGUCGGGGGUCGUCGGGGCUGCCGGCAGCAGCAGCAGCAGGGGCACCUCCAGCCGGGGCAGUAGCAGCAGCAGCAGCACCCCGAGCUGCUGUGUCGGGGCUGGCUGGGGGGAG